CCAAGUUAACUUUUCGUCCGUCAGUUGUGGGCUCGCCACGUUAAGUUUAGCACGAGAACCGGAUUUUGUAUUUUUUUUAAAAGUCCCCAAGAUGAAUUCGUUGGCGUUUUGUUUCGUAACUGCACUUUUGCUGGUGUUUAUCAAAACUAGUUAUUCGUUGCAAUGUUGGGAAUGUACCUCCGAUAGUUAUGGACGUUGCGCGGAUCAUUUUAAUACGACACUAUUCCCGAGGCAGGCGUUUGUUUACAAUGCGGUAACAGGUAAUCCGCGUGUUGUGAAUUGUGAUGGGGGAUCCUCCCAGUAUGGACAAUACAGCUACCAAAGGCACGUCUGCAUGAAGAGGGUCGAAACUGAUCGAAGACUCGGCAGGACGACGUACUCCAGGCACUGCCACACUUUGGUCGGCAACGAAAGGGUAGGCACGUGCCCCACGCACAUAACCAACCCCGAUAUCGUCGUCGACUUUUGCGAAUAUUGCGAUACGCACGAGUGUAAUGGUGGCCUAAGCGUGACGAGUACGAUGUGGAGCUUAAUUCCGGCCGCGAUGGCCCUAGUUUUGUUGAAGUAGAUGCGAGAGACGUACAAAAUGCUUUUCCAUUUUCAUUGACCUACAUUCCACACUUUCACAUACGAGUAGACUUAGGUCUUUUAUAUUUGACUUGUACAUAUAGCAAUUAAUCCCUUU